AUUCAGUGAGUAUUUCUAUCGCCUUUGUACGAAGCACUAAACCAAGACUAAAAAAGACCGAGCAUGUUUAUUUUUGGAUGAAAUACGUGUCAAAUAAUGACAUAUGCGUUUUAUUCUGGGACUAUUUGAUGCCCCAAAGAUAUUCCUCAAGUUCGGUUGUGAUUCGGUUCUCCUGCAAGGCCCUGAAUUUCUGCAAAUUUUCGCAGACUUCUGUCACUUUUUUGCGAAACUGACAGGUUGUCUUAUAGGGAAUAUGCCCAAAAUCCUGGCUACUAACAAGUAAGAAGGCAACCAUUUUGUCUCCAGUAACAGUUGGCUAGAUGAUUGGAGGACAUAGUCAAAGGCUUAUGCAAUGACCAUUGAGCUUCAGCAUCCACCAUGGUUAAGUAGGCCCUGGCAUAGCACCUCCACUCCUUCACUGUACAAGAACCUUCUGAAAAGAUUGAAAGAAGAAGAUACCACACCAACCACUUUAUACACAAAGGUGUCAGGUUUGGGGGCUGGAGACCAGCUGUGGACACAGUGGUAUGUGUGGCUAGCCUUUGGCUUGGGGGCCCUCCUGGUAGCAGUGACCAUUGUCAUUGUGGUUUGUUGCUGUGUGCACAAGAGGAAGAAAAAGCGAGGUGAAAUGCAGGUGCUUGCCAUGCCACAGCAGAUCUGCAUCUACCAAGGCCCAAGCCCCAAGUCUGCUGUCCACAGUACCACCUAUAUCCAACCAGGGACUGACUCCAGCUGUACCAGCUCCACUGCCAGCUCCACACCCAAACAGAGCCCAUCCAUCUCUCCCAAACACAAGCAGAUCUCUAGGGUCAAAGCUAAAAGUUUGAUAGAAAGGAGAGGGUCCAAUAAUUCUUUAACCCUUGACUUGAGUCUCCAUCCAGACAAUCAAAACCAGAGGUCACCAACCAGGGAGAGGUGCAAUGAAGAAUAUUUAGCCACAGCAGGGAAUAGAAUGUCUAGAAGUCAACUACGCCACUGUCUUAAAAAUGUUAAAGCUUUAUAUGAAGAAUUUUGGGAGAUACCUAUGAACCAUUCUGACAAAGUAGAAAUAGCCGGAUCUGGGACAAAAAACAGAUACAGAACUAUUAUACCUAAUGAAAGCACUAGGGUAAAAUUAGAAGAAGUAGAUGGGGACCCCCUUACAACAUAUAUUAAUGCAAACUAUGUCAGGGGAUAUGCAGGAGAAGAGAAAACAUACAUAGCAACCCAGGGUCCCAUGGCGCACACUGUACAUGACUUCUGGAAAAUGAUCUGGCAGGAAAAAGUCCCCAUUAUUGUGAUGAUAACAAAACUUAAGGAAAAAGACAGGAGUAAAUGUGAAAGCUACCUCCCAGUCACCCAGGGUGAAUACAGUGGGAUCCAUGUGACAGUGCAGGACACAGAGGAACAUGAAGGCUUUACCCUAAGGAGACUGCUUCUACAGAAAAAUGAAGAAAAGCAGAUCAUAUCCCAUUACUGGUACACGUCCUGGCCAGACCACAAGGCCCCAGAGACGGCACGUCAGCUCUUAGACCUGGCCACUCUUGUGGAGCAACAGAGACAAGAUCUGCAGACCAAGGCCAAGGUGGGACCAGUAGUUGUCCACUGCAGUGCUGGCAUAGGACGGACUGGCUGUUUUAUAGGCACCAGUAUUGGCAUGAGACAGCUGGAGGAAGAGGAUGCUUUAGACAUACUGGGAAUUGUUUGUCAGAUGAGAAGAGACAGGGGUGGAAUGGUCCAAACCAAUGAACAGUAUGAAUUCCUUCAUCGAGCUCUCUGUCUUUAUGAACAGCAAAUUGAACACAUAAAAAAGAAACCUAGUGGAUAACACACAACACACAUAUGCCAUGUGGAGGAAUAUUUUAAAUUGUUGUCUCCUAUAUGAGGCAGGUUGUCACGUGCCAAGCAGGUGUGGUUGUCUUGUCAGUCAGCACAAACCCGGUGUGGGAAGAAGAGAGGAACAGUGCACACAUACAUAUCUUUGUAGUUGUGGUAAUUGGGAAGCACAGAGUAGGAAGAAGAUGUAGUGAUCUAAUGGACUACUUGUAACAAAUUGGAUAUUUGUCCAAACUAUUGAUAGUUGGGUGGUUUGGGGGAAAGGGGGGGGCGGUGGAGACAAUGAAUUUGAUUUGUUGCCUGUUAUCCAGGUACAGAGGUUGUCUUCAAAAUCCUUGGUGUUCCCAAAUGAGUUACACUUUAUAAGACGGAAUGUCUGUGGAGUUUUGUAAAAUGGUUGCAAUACAAGCAGUGCCCUGAUUGAAUAGGACCAUAGCAUGAGGCAGCUGAAGUUUUUGAAAGCAGUUUGUUGAAUAAGGUAGUUGCAUACCCAUUUUUCUCCUGCAGUGUGCAUUUGUUCCAGUAACCAUGCCAUAUUUUCAUAUCAUAGUCAAGUGGGUAUUUCUUUCCUCUGUGAGGUUUUAAAAUUUGGAUUUGUAAAAUUUGGGUAAAGUGUCAAAAAAGACACAACAACAUAGACAGUAAUUGCUUACAUAAAUCCACUGACUUUGUAAUAAAACUUAGAUUAUUAGAUAAGACUGACAGUUGUUAUGGAAACCUUUUUUGUCAGGAAAAAACAAAAGUUGAAUGACAAAAAAAAAAGAUUGAAUGCAUGGUAUGUUUAAAAAUCAUGUGAUGGAAACUUAACUUUCUGGUGCAUGGCAUGUAAGGAGUAUCAAGCUUAGGAUUGCUGUUGAUCAUUGGUAUGACACAACUUUGGAGCUUGGAGGGAAUAAUUUUAAAUCUCUGGUCACAAAUAUGUUGUGCACUAGUUCAUGAAAUAUGAUGUGUGUAAAUUUUCUACAUUGUAAGUAAAAAAUGAAAUUGUUUUGAAAUACUUGCUUAAAUUUUUUUGAUAUUUGGUAAUGCAAAGAUAUUUUCUAUUGAGGUAUUGAUGUAAGGGUCUGUGGUCCUUAAAAUGACUAGAAUUUGCUGCUACGUGUAGGGCUUUGCUGCCUGUUAACAUUUAGCCCUUUGUGUUCAGACGGUAGCAAUAACUAUGUCUAAUGGAUCAAGUCUGACUUAUAACCAAUUUGCUGCACAUGCUUUCUACAAAGAAGAAACUGUCAUAGUUAAAGGGUUAAAAAUGUUAUGGAAGUAAUGUGCCUUAGGCAGACUGAAAGUUGGUAUGCAUGUUUAAUUUCUGUGAUGUUUAUCAUUUGAAUCACUUAUGAGCAAAUGUAUGGACUGAUCCCUCAAAGGAAGUGUUUGUAGGAAGUAACAGAAAUAUGUUUUAUUUUAUUGUGCCAUACCUUCAUUUUCAGAUUGUCUAAAUGUUCAGUAUAUAUAAGGUGCCUUGGCUAAAUUGAAUAUUUAAACUUAACUAAACUGUGAACAUGACCUUGCUUGUGAAUAUGUUUUAUUAUGAAAAGUUUUGUGGCAAUAUAACCAAUUGUCUGUUCCUAAGAAAACACUCGUCUAUAUGUUUGUGUAAUAAGUGGCGUUUCAUUAUGGUUGUCAUUGAAACUGAAUACAGCUGUAACAAUAACUGUUUUGGUUUAAAGAAAUUCAGCAGUGGAAUGUUGUAAUGUAGCAGUGUAAAUUUCAGAUUCCUUUUUUCUUAAACAGACACUUUCUGAUUACUCACAAAGGGAAUAUAGAUCAUCACUGCCAUUGGGUUCCAUUUAAUACUUUGCCAAUGAUUUAUCAAAAGAUUAACUUAAAACCAAUCUAUGAUCUUAGUGAUUGUGAUACUUGCAAUGUAGAGGUUGAAAACUGCAUCUUGACAGCCUUUUACUUCGCAGUGGUUAAUUGCAAUGGAUUGAUUCAGAAGUCAGUUCAAACAAGUUGUCAUUGCUUCACAACAUAGUGACAGCAAUUGUAAGGUACAGACAUUUGAGAAUACGGUUCCAGGAGUAUUGUAUAUGUGGCCACCUGUUCACUGCCAAUGUCACCACAUGGGUAACCCACUCCUUACUGCCACUGGACUGGACACACUCAACGAGAUGUGAUUUUGGUCUCUCAUUUAUUAUUCCUGCCAUGUUGUUUUUCAUUUAGUUCUUUACGAACAGAGACUUAACAAGUAACUUAUCAAUGUAGGGAGAUCUAGUCAAACAGCAGACAAAGCAUGUUUUCAUCAUGAGUUAUGAUUUGCAAGGUUAACUGUUUACAAGAUUUUAUUUUGCAAAUGAGAGAAUCUAUAUUGUGAUUGUGAUAUUUUGAACAUGCACUGUAAAUGUGCUGUACAGCUGUAACAUAGCUAGUGUACAUACAUCCUUUUAUGUCAAAUAUUUUAUGAACAGAACUGACUGUUCUCUACCAGUGCAAAAUUAUUGUCGUAAAACUUUAUUUUUCAAGGGCAAUAAAGUGUGUAUUGUAUUAAUA